CUUCAAAAGACCCAGUGCCUUCCGAACAACCCCGAGAGGUUCUCCUUCUAUCCCUUUGUAGUUGGCUCCCAGGGCUUAAACUCAGGCAAGCACAGCUGGGUUGCAGAGAUGAUGAAAACCAGAGACAAGGCGGCCACAAACAAGACACGGAUACACACACAACAGCAGGGAGACACUGAAGGACGUGAAGGAGAGACAAACACAGAGUUGCAAAGGGAGAAAGAGCCUAACUCUUCACAGCUCAAUUUCCACAGAGGACGACUACAACUGCAACUGCAACUGCCACUGCUGAGUUCAUCCUCCGAGUGACUUCAGAUCCGCCAGGGUUCUGUGCUGUCCUGCGGGCGAGGUGAGGCGAGGUGACACGAUGGCCUGCCGCCCGUCGCUGACGGAGGAGGACUUCUACUGCCCGGUGUGCUGCGAUGUCUUCCAGGACCCGGUGCUGCUGGCCUGCUCGCACAGCAUCUGCCGCUCGUGCCUGCUGCGCUUCUGGGCGUCGCGGCUGGCGCGCGAGUGCCCCGUGUGCCGCAGCGUCUCCUCCAACCCCGAGCCGGCCUCCAACAUCGUGCUGAAGGGCAUGUGCGAGGCCAUCCUGAGCGAGCGGCGCCAGCGGGCCGAGCGGGCGAGCGCCCAGGCAGGCGUGUGCGGCACGCACGGCGACAAGCUCACGCACUUCUGCGAGGAGGACAGGAGGCCGGCGUGCGCCAAGUGCCGCGUGCCCCGCCGCCACACGGGCACCAGCUUCAAGUCCAUCGAGGAGGCUGCCAGCGAACACAAGAAAGAGCUGAAGAUGAAACUAAAGCCCCUACAAGAGAAGCUUAGAAGUUUUGAGGAUGUCAAGCAAAGCUUUGAACACACUGCUGAGUAUAUUAAGAGCCAGGCGGACCAAACAGAGCAAUUCAUCAAGGACGAGUUUGUGAAGCUUCACCAGUUCCUGCAAGACGAGGAGGCCAUCCGAUUGGCUACUCUGAAGGAGGAGGAGGAGCAGAGCAACCAGAUGAUGAAGAAAAAGAUUGAUGAAAUUGAAAGCGAGAUUGUGUCACUCUCUGACAAAAUCAGAGCCAUUGAGGAGGAAAUUAGGGCUGAAGACCUUUUGUUCCUGCAGAAUUACAGAGCCAUGGCUGAAAGACUGCAGUAUUCUCCAGUGGAGCCUGAACCCAUUACUGGAGAGAACUUGAUCCAAGUGUCAAAACACCUCAGCAAUAUCAUGUUUGACGUGUCACAGAAGCUGCAAACCAUGGUGCCAUACAAUCCUGUGACUCUGAACCCCAACACCGCACACGUGGACCUGGUGGUGUCCGCGGACCUGACCAGCGUGGCCUUCUGUGAAGAACGUCAGUUCCUGCCCAACAACCCCGAGCGGUUCAGCGGCUACACCAGCGUCCUGGGCGCCGAGGGCUUCACCUCCGGCACGCACUGCUGGGACGUGGAGGUGGGAGACAGCUCGGCCUGGGCCGUGGGCGUCAUCACAUCGUCCGUGUACAAGAAAAGGGACAGCCACAACAGGUUCGGUCUGUGGUACAUAGGCUUUUUGAACGGCAAGUACGGGAAAGGCUACUCGCCAGAGAUCCUCACGCUCCUCCGUGUCAGCCAGAGGAUUCAGAAGAUAAGGGUGCAGCUGGACUGUGACAAAGGCAAGGUGUCCUUCACCGACGCUGGACGCAACACUUGCCUGCACGUGUUCAAGCACAACUUCACCGAGACAGUCUACCCGUACUUUUACAACCACUGCAAGCUCCACGCGCUCAAGAUUCUGCCUGUCAGGUCGUUUGUAACAGUUGAGCAAUUCAGCAGCUAGAGGGCGCCAUUUUUUUGUAAACAAAGGUGAACCUGGGAAUCUGUUUACCUGUAAAUGUUAC